GGAGUAGUUCAUUCGUAAUUGCUCAGGGGUGCCGUACACUUGAGGCCGCCAUUGAUUAUAAAUAUACAACUGACAUGAAAGGUACAUAAAUAAUUAAACAAUGUGUUGUUAAGGUGCGCUAAGACAUUUCAUAAACUAUAGGAAACACAAUUAUCUAAGCUAACUAAUAGUGGCAUUAGUGCUAAUCCCAAUGUGGUUUUUAUUUCUCUUGUUACCGACAGCAGAUGGAAAACAUAAAAACAAGAAACAAAAACAUUAUCAUGCGGAAAAAAACAUUUAAAUAUUUUUGUUGCCCAUAAUUUGAUAUCUAAAUGCGACCUUUAAUUAUCAGUAACUGAAAGCUGAUCAGUUGGCAGCACUGGAUGCAUUUUCACCACUACAGAUUUAAAUGUGAAAAAAGUUGUAGAAAUUCAUAAUUUAUUCUACCAUUAUAUAAAAAAUGGAAUCAAUGAUGCAGCAGACUCAACAACCAGAAGGUUCUGAAUCAUAUAGAUCUUCCUCCCCACUUUCUAACAAUGAUGAAUGUAAUGAAUUCAAUGCUCAGAAAUGUUCUGAAGCUAACAACAGUUAUGAUGGUCAGCUAAAUAAUCUGAGAUCAUACCAUGAUAGCAGAAAUUUGACAAAUGUUGAUUUGGACAGUAUGGUUCAGAGUUAUAAGCAGCUUGGUGGAGAGCUCGAACUUAAUUUAAAAAUUUUGGAAAAUAGCAGACUUUCAUUAAACAAAAUCUUAAUUGAAAAGAAACAUGAAUGUGAAAUUCUCAAUAAACAAAAAGAAUGCCAGAAAAAAAAUCUUGUUGAUUUGCAAAUAAGAUUAGAAAAUUUAGAUGCUGAAAAGAUGAAUAUUUGGCAUGAAAACCAAAAGGAUAAAUUAGAAAAAUUUGAAACAAUAAAACAAGAAAUGCAAAUCAUAUUAGAAAAUGAUGCUUAUAUAUGCAAUACAUAUUCCAAAUUUAUUGAAAUUUUAAAUGUAGAAAAAACAAAAUGCGAAGAUUUUUUUAGUAAUUCUAGAAAGGAAAUAGAAUUGCAUAAAAAAGAAGGAAUAAACUAUAUUAAUGAGGUUAAGAAAAUUAACGAUUCAUUUAAGAUUAAUUAUGAAGAACUGUUAGGACAGGAAUCUAAAAUAAUUGAGGAUCUUAAGGCUGUUAUAGUACACUUCAAAUCAACAUUUGACUCAAGAAAUAUAUUAGAAGAGAAAUUGUGUCUAAUUAGAAAGGAAUUACAAAGUUUAGAAAAAGAUAAUGGAAUUUUUAAAAGCACAAUUACUCAGAAACAUGAUUUCUUAAAAAAUUUGAAAAUUGAGUAUAGAAAUUCUGUAGAUACCCAUGAGAAUAUGUUGAAUAAACUGAACAAAGAACUUUUAAAUUUACAAGCAAGGUAUCAAGAAAAUAUACAGCAGAAGGCAGAACAAAAUAGUUUAUUAUCAAAUAAAAAAGAAAAUCUUCAGUUUUUGACUGAUGAAAAUUCUGAACUUACAGGAAAAUUUUCAAGUUUUGAAAUAGAUAAUAAAUCAGACAGUCAGGAGUUGAAUCUUUUAGUUGAACAUUGUUCAUCUUUUAAAUCUGAACUAAACAGUAUAAAAUCUGAGCAACAAAAUCUUGAAACUGAAAUAGUAGUGUUGCCUGUUCUUGUAGAAAAAUUAAGACAAUUAGAACUGGUAGAGAAUGAUUUAUUCAGUUCUGUACAAUGCCUUUCUGAUGAAGAAAAUCAAUUGAAAGCAGAACAGGAAGAAAAAGAGAAUGAGCAUGAAAAUAUAAACUUGCCACUAGCUCUAUCAGAACUUGAAAUAUCUAAAUCGGAACUUGAAGGAGCUCUAGCUAAUGAAUCUAGUAAAAACUCAAUUUUACAAGAACAAAGGAUUUUUUUUGAAAACAGCAUAAAAGAAAAUGAAAAGAAACUCGAGGAAAUCAAACAGCACAUUUUUGAAAAUGGAAAAAUGUGUGAUGAACAUCAUAACCGUAUGGAAGAAAUCAAAACAGAAGUUAGCUCAUUAAAAAAUGAGAUAGAAAGUGAGGAAUUAAAGUUGGCAGAAACUAAGGAAGAUGAUAAAGACCUACUAAAGAAAGAAGAAGAAUUAAAGUGUAAUAUUGAAGAAUUAAGAACAAUUGAAGAAGAUCUAGUUGCAUCAAAUGAUGAGCUAGCUAAUAUUAAAAUGGAGAUUGAUGAAACUGAAAACAUUGAUGAUUUAGAGUCAACUUUAAAUAACAUUAUUUUACAAAUUGAAGAAUUAAAGACGUAUCAUGCAAGUGAGAUAGAAUCGAUCAAGUCUUCUUUCCAAAAACAAGAAAAGAUGUAUGAUGACAAAACUAAUCGAGAUAUUGGAGAAAUAAAAAGAAAGUCACUAAAAGAAGAAGCUCAUGAGAAAAGGGUUUCACUGGCAGUUCCUCACAUUAAUAAUGAAAUGAUCAAACUUGAAAGUGACUUAAAAAAUAUAUUACCUGAGCUUUCUAAAGAAAUCAAAUCAGGUUUGGACAUUAUCAAUGAACUUUGUACAUUUUAUGGGCAGAUGUUUGAUUCUAAGCAAGACAAAGGAAAAGCCACAAUCAUCCGUAAUUUGACGUCCAUAGAAGAGCAACUUGCUUCUCCUAUGAAAUGCAUGAUGACUCUUGAUUAUAUUCCAAAAAUAAAUUUAAAUCCACCAACUCCAAAUGGUUAUUCACAGAUUCUUAAAUCAUUCAGAGAAAAGUUUGGGGAAACUGUGGAACAAUUAGAAACAGCACAACCGCUCGAAAUGGCAAACAAGUUACAAGAAAUGGGAAGUUGCAUAUUUGGAAAGAAAUAUGUAAAACCUCCUUUCAAUCCACAGGUUUUGAAUGAUACUGAAAUAUCAAGUUCAACUGAAGUGUACUUCUAAACUAUUAUAAAAAUGUACUAAGAAUAAAAAUAAAAUAAUCAUAUUUAUCAUUGUUUUUUAUUUAAUACAGCAUAUUUUAAUUUUUGAAUGAGGGUUAUAUAAAUUAAACAGAUAUUAAUCUGUUUUUAUUUUUUUAUAAAGAAAUAUUUAAUAAUAAUAUUGUUAUGUUUUAUUAUUUAUAUUUCCUUUAUUCUUAACUCUGACAAAUACAUCUAAAAUAUUAAAACUAAACUGUUUGAUUCAAAAUCUACAGUUUAGAAAGGAUAUAGACCAUGGUCUGUUUCCAUACAGAAAGAAAGGAAAUUAAACUUUACUUAAAAUUAAGUCACGAUUUUCGUUGAAUAGGAAGCGGUAACCGGUUGUAGCACAAUUAGCAACAGUUCAAGUGCAAACAGAUUUUGUCUCAGCUAAAAUCAUUUUAAGCAGUCUUUAACCAGUUAAACUACAUUCAGUUUUGUUUUUCAUAAAACCAUAGUUGGUUAAAUCUCACUGGUCUACUGAUUCUCAAUUUUUGGAAAAUUUGGCUUGUUUAAUAAGCUUUAAGUACAUUAAUUAAGCUGAAAGUUACCUUCGGAUUUGUAAAAAAAAUAUGUAAUAUAAAAAUUCUGUCUCCUCAAAAAAUGUUUUCAGUGAACGUAAUUAUAAUAAAUUCUUUUGAAACAUUUGUUUCUUCUUUUCCCUGAGAUAUAUCGUUAUAGUUUACUUACUACAGUACACUCCUUAUUAAUGAAAAAUGAGUAAAAUAAUUACUGCCUUUUCAAAACAUGAAUAUUUAAAAAUUAUUAACCAAAAUGCUAGUGCAGCAGUGCUUUUUGCACAGAUCUCUGUUGUGUAAUAAAUCUUUUUAAAGUCAAAGUCUUCAAUAUCAUUUCAUCAUUCAAUAGAGAUUUUCAUGUUUUUCAGUAUUAUAUCCUUGUAUUAUGGUAUGUGGAGAGAGAUUUUGAUCAUGAUUAUUGAUUUUAUAUCAUGUUUAUAAAUUUAAUUUUAGUGUAAUAAAUUUAAAUUGUGAUAAAAUUAUUUAAAUAAAAAGAAAAUCAAUAUUAUAUCAUUAUUCGAUGGAGAAUUUCAUACUUUUUCCAAUAGAAUGUGGUUGUACUAAGGUGUUCAGGAAGAGUUGAAAAACGAAUGAUGAAAAAUUAUAAUACUAAUACUUAUGGUAUCAUCUGAUUGUACAUCAAAUGUAAGAUAAAUGAAUACAUUUUGAAAGCUGCAGUUCAAUUAGUGUUGAUUUUACAAAGGAAAGAACCAACACACAGUUGCUCGCGCUCAAAAUGUCUUUUUACUUCAAAUAUCUCAAAAGUUCAAGUGAUUAUAAUCCUGAAACUGCUUGUUAAGAGUUGGUAAAAUUGGGCAUUUUUCUUCUUUUUUUUAAUAUUCACUUAAUAUCUAUAAUUUUUAUUAAAAUCUGUGUUAAAUUGAACCUUGGCUGGAUGAUUUGGUAUGGAAUGGCCCCUCAAUAAUUUGACUGAUCUCUUCUAUUGGCACAGCAACUAAAUUUCUAAAAUAAAUUCUUUUCUUCUAAGCAUUUAUAGGAUGUAAAUCCUCUUUUUUCAUGUCCAACAAGAGAAAAAAGACUGAUUAUUAGAUUGUUGAAGUAGCUUAGAGACCUUCUUUGACAUCUAUUAAAGUAGUCUGAACUAAUAAUAAAAUAUUUUAGGAUAAUAAAGCCCCAGCCAAACAUCAACUCAACAGUCACUGCUACUUGCGCAAGAUAAAGAAUGACUUGUCUGCAUUACCACCAGUGGGGAGUAAACACAGAGUGUUUUAUUUUUAAGUGGCUAAACAACUGCUAAGUAUCUGAAAAUUAGAGUAGGCUCUAGAGAAGACGAUUCUAUAUAUCUAAUAAUCAAAGAAUUUCCAUUUGCCCCCAAAAGAUUUUCCAAUCCAAUUUUUGCUUCUGUGAUUAGAUGCAGUGCAAAUGUGUGUUUGAUGAUAGUACUCAUCACUGACAAUAUAAAAUAAAGUAAUUUAAAAUGGAAGUAACAUUUUAUAAAAUAAAAUAAAAUUAGUUAAUAGAAGGUAAGCUUUCCAUUAACUCUUUUUUUUUUUUAUUCUUCCCUUCUUUACCUUAUAGACUACACAGGGUUUUUCCUGAGCCGGGAAUUAUGGCGAGUUAAAAGGGCACCGGGAUUUGAACUAGUAAUUGUAAUAGCUUUCUAUCAACUAAUUUUAUAAAUAAUAAUUAGUAAAAACAUUACAGUAAUUUCAUUUUGGGGAAACUAAUAUUUUUCCUAACCAAUAUUGGUACUCAUUUUUAUACAAUUCAAAGAAGGUGGGUCAAAGCAGUUUCUCUACUAGAAAUGAUCACCGAAUUUCUGAUAAAAAAUAUAAAUUGAGUCAAAAGAAAUCAGAACUAUAAUUGUUCCACCAACAAACAAAUAAUAUAUAACAACAAUUUUACAGAUUUUUAGUAUUUUAAUUUCAAAUAAAAAAAUUUUUUUUAUUCCUUAUGACCGACCUACUCAAGGAAAAUAUUUAUUUAAACGAAAUGUAUGAAUUCUUUCAUACCUAUUUAUAUUUCUAUAGGUUUGUUUAAAAUGAAUUUGAUGUCAGUAAUUAACAUUUUAUUGUAUUUGAAAUUGUAUCAAUAAGAUAAUUUGUUGCAAAAUUAAAAACAUCUAAACAAUAAUGGCAAAAAAAGUAUGUAUAAUUAAGCAGAACAUAUCUACGAUUGAAUUAUAUGAUGAAGCAAAAUAAUUAUAUAAUGUUUAUUAUAAGUUAUUCCUAAGUACUACAUUAAUUAUAAUCUUGUGCUAAUGGCUAUAAAAAUAUAUGUUGAGUUAGGUUUGUGAAUUAUAUCUUCAUUUUAACUAAUAGUCUUUCCAUUAUAUGCCUUGAUAAUGCUUUUGAUUAAUCAUAGGAUAAUGCGCUGUAUUCAAAUUUUCCAGAUAGGCCCUCAAAGAAAAUUUUACCAUCAUCACU